AUGUCGGCAGCCAUCGCACAAUCGUCGCUCGGCGGCGCGUCUGGCGCGUCGUCAUCCGCGGCCACCAGUGCAUCGUCGCAUGCCGACAACACGGCUCCCACUUUGACGCCGACAUCGGCACCGACAGGGGCCAAGGAACUGCAAGCUCCGGACAUCUCAUCUCCGCACCAACUGAUUGAUUGGGUGGAUACGGUGAUGUCGCAGCUCGAGAGCAGGUUUGAUGAUAUGAAUGCACAGGUAACUGCAAGGAUGAACGAGAUGAGCAGCCGCAUCGAUGCGUUGGAGACGUCGAUACAGGACCUGAUCCAUGGAACACUGGCACCUGUCUCAUCCAACGCGUCCGACACUCCGUAA